AUGGCCGGCUUCGACUUCUCCAACUACAACCGAAACGCGGCUCUUCACGCCAAGGGAGCACCGCUCCCCAAGGCCACAAGCACAGGUACAACGAUUGUUGGCUGUAUAUACGACAAUGGUGUUGUGAUCGCCGCAGACACCAGAGCGACCACCGGUCCCAUAGUAGCGGACAAGAACUGCGAGAAAUUACAUUACAUUGCUCCGAAGAUCUGGUGCGCUGGUGCUGGUACAGCUGCUGACACUGAGUUCACCACUGCGUUGAUCAGCUCCAACAUCGAAUUACACUCUCUUUCGACUGGCCGACCUCCUCGAGUGAUAACCUGCAUGACUAUGUUGAAGCAACACCUUUUUCGUUACCAGGGACAUAUCGGUGCGUAUCUAGUGGUUGCGGGUGUUGACCCUACUGGUGUCGGCCUCUACACGGUACACGCGCACGGAUCAACAGACAAGCUUCCCUACGUGACUAUGGGAUCUGGUUCACUGGCCGCUAUGUCGGUCUUCGAGUCGACAUGGAAGCCCAACCUCAACAAGGAACAGGCAAUUGCCUUGGCAUCCGAAGCGAUCUUGGCUGGUAUCUUCAACGAUUUGGGGUCCGGCAGCAACGUCGAUGUGUGUGUUAUCGACAAGGACAAGCCUGCACAACUUCUAAGAAACUACAUUAAGCCCAACGAGCGUGCACGGAAGGAACGCGACUACCGCUUCCAGAAGGGUACCACGGCCUGGUUGAAUGAGCGAGUGUACACCAAGGAGGAUCUGAGGAAAUACGUUACUGUCGAAGAAAUUUCCGGCGACCCUAACCUGAUGGAAGUGGACCCUUAG